GGAGGUUCGAAUCCACGGUUGCCCACACUUCGCCAGUCCCUCCCUUCUUACUCCUGGCCGCUGCCCUUUCUUAUUUUCAACACCUGGGAGUCGUGACCGCACACAAUGACGCUUUUCAUCCUGACCGAGACGAGUGCGGGCUAUGCCCUGCUCAAAGCUAAGGACAAGAAGCUUCUGAAGCGAGACGAUCUUGCUACCGAGGCUUCUACGGCAGAGGGUGUUUCCAAUCUGCUCAAGCUGAAGAGCUUCCAGAAGUUCGACAGCGCCACAGCAGCCCUCGAGGAAGUCGCCUCUGUUGUUGAAGGAAAGGUCACCCCUCGCCUGGCAAGCCUUCUUGAUGAAAUCAAGGAUGAGAAGAAGGUCUCACUGGCCGUAGCUGAUCCUAAGUUGGGAAAUGCCAUUGGCAAGCUUCCCGGUCUUGAUAUUUCAUUAAUUGCCGAUUCCACAACGGCCGACAUCUACCGUGCCAUUCGUGAACAUCUGCCUACGCUGAUUCCUGGUCUUCUCCCCCAAGACAUGUCCACCAUGUCUCUGGGUCUUUCUCACUCUCUUGCCAGACAUAAGCUCAAAUUCUCUCCCGACAAGAUCGACACUAUGAUCGUGCAAGCUAUUGGUCUGCUGGACGACCUUGACAAAGAACUAAACAACUACGCUAUGCGUGUGAAGGAAUGGUAUGGCUGGCAUUUCCCUGAACUCGCCAAGAUCCUCAACGACAACAUCGCCUACUCGCGACUCGUUCUUAAAAUGGGUAUGCGGUCCAAUUUUGAGAACGCCGACCUUGCAGAGAUCCUCCCUGAAGAAAUUGAGGCGGCUGUGAAGGCCGCGGCAGACAGGUCUAUGGGUACAGAAAUCAGCGAGGAUGACUUGGAGAACAUUCAGGCCCUGGCUGAACAAGUCGUUGGUUUCUCUGAAUACCGCUCCCAGCUUGCCGGCUAUAUCACUGCCCGUAUGAACGCCAUCGCCCCUAACCUUACCGCUCUUGUCGGUGAUCUUGUGGGAGCCCGGCUCAUCGCCCAUGCCGGUAGCUUGACCAACCUCUCCAAGAGCCCUGCCAGUACUCUUCAAAUUCUCGGUGCCGAGAAGGCUCUCUUCCGUGCUCUAAAGACUAAGCACGACACACCCAAGUACGGUUUGAUCUACCAUGCCUCUCUGAUCGGCCAGGCGACUGGAAAGAACAAGGGUAAAAUGGCGAGAGUGCUCGCUGCGAAGGCAUCUCUCGGUCUCCGUGUCGACGCCCUCGCCGAAUGGGACGACGAUGUCACCGAGGAGGACAAGGCUGCCCUUGGUACAGAGGCCCGGUUCAACCUGGAGCGCAAGCUGGCCGCAUUGGAAGGCAAGCCCCUCAAGCCUCGUGGCGUUGCUAUUGGUCCCGACGGCGCCUCUGCCCAACCCGGCAAGUUCAACAUCAACGAAGCUCGAAAAUAUAACCCUGACGCGGACGCCGUGGAUCAGGAUAAGGCUACUCCUUCCAAGAAAAUGCUCGUUCAGGAGGUUCAGGACGAAGAAAUGGCUGAUGCUGAUUCCGACGAGGAACCCGCCGCUAACGGGGUAGACUCAGACUCUUCUGACGAAGAGACGUCCAAGAAAUCUAAGAAGAGCAAGGGCUCAGAAAUCGAGAAGCUAGCCGAGAAGGCCGGGCUAAGCGUCAAACGGUACAAGCGCAAGCUAGAACGCGGCGAGAUUCAGUUCGACGCCGCCGGUAACCCCAGCGCCAUAAGCAAGAAGGACAUCAAGAAGGCCAAGAAGGAGGCCAAGAAGGAGGCCAAGAAGGCGUCCAAGGGCGAUGACAAGGAGAAGAAGCGCAAGCGAUCAGACGAGACCGAAGACACGGACGGUAAAAAGAAGAAGAAGAAGAGGGAUGAUUAAGAUAUCAGAAAGCAAAAAAGUUCAAGGGUACUAUGUCUUUUUCCUUCUUCUGUAUGAUAUCACAUGUGCCAUGUGGGUUGAUUUUCCAGUGAUUUAUUCUCCUUGCUCUCUUUUUGAUCUAGUGUGCAAUGUUUGGGUGGCAUUAGGAUGGGAAUACUUUUGGUCCCUCCCGGCGCAUUGAUGGUGCUUCUUCGUUUAUUUCCAGUUAAUACAAAGCAACUGUUGGAUUCAUCUGGGCACCAGUCUACCAAUACCAUUGGCAUGCAUAGACACUCUUAACAAAGCCUCUUCGUAU